GCUGCACUUCACCCGAGCCUCACCUUUGCCCUACUUCCAAGCCCAGUCCCUAACUUUCCGCCAACCCCGUUGGUUGCGCGACUGCCCAAUGGGCAGACAGAAACCGUGAGCUCUCGCUCUUCCCUUGAGCCGUUUCCGCUCUCGUUAGCGCGUCUCGCGAGCGUUACAGUGACUCGCAGAGGCGGCGCUGCUUGGUUGGGCUACCGGAGGCCGUGAGACUGACGGUGCUUCUAGGCGGACGGGAAUAGAGACCAUGUUCCGAGCGGCGGCUCCAGGCCAGCUCCGGCGGGCGGCCUCAUUGUUACGAUUUCAGAGUACCCUGGUGAUAGCCGAGCAUGCAAAUGAUACUCUAGCACCCGUUACAUUAAAUACCAUCACUGCAGCCAAACGUCUUGGAGGUGAAGUGUCUUGCUUAGUAGCUGGAACCAAAUGUGACAAGGUGGCACAGGAUCUCUGCAAAGUAGCAGGUGUAGCAAAAGUUCUGAUUGCUCAGCAUGAUGCAUACAAAGGCCUCCUUCCAGAGGAACUGACACCGUUAAUUUUGGCAACUCAGAAGCAGUUCAGUUACACACACAUCUGUGCUGGAGCAUCUGCCUUUGGAAAGAACCUUUUGCCCAGAAUAGCAGCCAAACUUGAUGUUGCUCCAAUUUCUGAUAUCAUUGCAAUCAAAUCACCUGACACAUUUGUGAGAACUAUUUAUGCAGGAAAUGCUUUAUGUACAGUGAAGUGUGAUGAAAAAGUGAAGGUGUUUUCUGUCCGAGGAACAUCUUUUGAAGCUGCAGCAACAAGUGGAGGUAGUGCCAGUUCAGAAAAGGCAUCAAGUACUUCCCCAGUAGGGAUAUCAGAAUGGCUUGACCAGAAAUUAACAAAAAGUGAUCGACCAGAGCUAACUGGGGCCAGAGUAGUGAUAUCUGGUGGCCGGGGUUUGAAGAAUGGAGAGAACUUUAAGUUGUUGUAUGAUUUGGCAGAUCAACUACAUGCUGCAGUUGGUGCUUCUCGUGCUGCUGUUGAUGCUGGCUUUGUUCCCAAUGAUAUGCAAGUUGGACAGACGGGAAAAAUAGUAGCACCAAAUAACCUCUGGUCCUCUUACCACCCUGGUGGCUUUCUUUUUUCCCACAGUCCCAUCCCCAUUCUUCAUUUGCAGAAUGACCAUCCCAAACUGCUGCCAGCUCAUGAGCUUUAUAUUGCUGUAGGAAUAUCUGGAGCCAUCCAACAUUUAGCUGGGAUGAAAGACAGCAAGACAAUUGUGGCUAUUAACAAAGACCCAGAAGCUCCAAUUUUUCAAGUGGCAGAUUACGGAAUAGUCGCUGAUUUAUUUAAGGUUGUUCCUGAAAUGACUGAGCUGCUGAAGAAAAAAUGAGUUACCAUAUUUCAAGAAGGAAUAUAUGUCAAAGUAUUCAGUUGAAGUAGAAAUUCAUGGCUAGUAUAAUCAAAAGUAUGAAGAGCUAAAUAUCGUAAUUUAAGAAAAAAUUCUCACAGAUGCCAGAAUGCUUUUUCAUGAGCCUGUUAUUAUAUUUCUUUUUAAUUAUUUGUGGUUCCAAACAAUUACUUUUUGAAAUUUUCUAAUUCUGUAAUAAAAUAUAUAAUAAUAAAACAUUUCCACAGCUUUAAAACUAC